AUGUCAAAUCAAUUCGGACAAGGAGGCGGGAACAACCUCAAUGUGCUCCAACAACAGCAACAACUCCAGCAACUCCAACAGCAGCUGCAACUUCAGCAGCAACAACAACAACAGCAGCAGAUGCAAGGUCAAAGUGGAGGUGGUGGAAACCUCAAUAAUAUGCAGCAGCAACAACUACAACAGCUUCAGCAGCAACGUCAGCAACAACAACAGGCGAAUCAGAUGCAACAAGCCAAUCAAAUGCAGCAGCAGCAACAAACGAAUGUGGGGUCAUCCUCGGCUCCGCCUAACAACCCUGCUCAGAUGAACUCUUUGCCCAUUCGUGCCUACUUGGAUCAAACAGUGGUUCCUAUUCUGCUAGAUGGCAUGUCGGAACUCGUCAAGGAACGUCCCAGCAACCCUAUCGAGUAUUUGGCCAACUACUUGAUCCGCAAUGAUCCCCAACGCGUUGGUGCUCCUCAAAGUGCCACCAUUCAACAACUUCAGCAACAAAACAUGAUGAUGAACAUGAACAAGAACUAA